CAUGAAAUUCAUCCAAUCCAAUGAAUAUAGUGAUGAAGAAGAUGACUGUCCCUAUUUCCCUCCGGCUCCAAAAAUUCAGCGACUGCCAGAGAAAAUUUCUGUACCAAAUUCAGAGUUUACCAGUCAGGCACCACAGGUCCCAACCACCACCACCCUGCCUCUACCACCACCACCACCACAACUCCCACCUCUACCACCACUACCGCAGCGCCCACCCAGCCAUGAAGUGUACAGUCAAUCACACAGAACCCCUUCAGUCACCAGGACCAGUACUUACCCUGCAGUGUUGUCCAACCAAGCAGUCAGUCCCCCGUUGGAAACCUCACAUCUUUUUCUGACAUCCAGCCAUGGAGAGUUUACCAGUCAGGCACCACAGCUCCCCACCACCACCACCCUGCGUCUACCACCACCAUCACCUCUACCACCACUACCACAGCUUCCAACGAUUUCGCCUCUGCCAGCACCACCACAGCUUCCAUCGAAGUCACCUCUUUUUCGAACAUCCAGCCAUGGAGAGUUUACCAGUCAGGCACAGCAUCAUCCAUCAAAUCAGCAAAUCAGCAUCCAGCAAGAUUUUUGCAGACUUGUUCUGCAGCACCUCUGGACGAUUGAGGAGGAGGUUAAGGAGGUUAAGCAGCAGGUGGCUGCAAAUACGGCCAUUCUGCAGAAGCUAGGGGGUGCUGGUGUGGCAGACCUUUGCCUCGUCCAGGAAACCAACAUGCCCCUCAGUAACCUGGAGGAACUGGAGGAGCUGGAGAGGCAGCUUGGGUCUGACAUUGACCUGAAAAACCAACUGGUGAACAUACUUGCUGUUUUGGGGGCGAAAACCACCAAAGACGCGGUGAAGAGGAUGUUGGGCCGUAUUUUGAGGAAGUCCCUGGCGCUUCAAAUAAAUUGGACUGGUGCUGGAGGAAAGGUGGCGUUCAAGUCUUUACACCUGAAGAAUGUGUUGCACAGAGCUGUUAGGAGAGUGGUGCACACAGCAACAGAAGAGGACCUGCAAAAAGAAGUUGCGAUGUACCUAAAGGGGGCGGCUGACCGAGAGGGAGAAAAGACAGCGGAGAUGAUUAAGGUCUUCAACCUGGGCUCGUCAUCAGUAGAGGCAUCCGGAGGACUGAUGAGUAUUCACUAA